GUGAUCCCUAGGACUUUAGAGGGAAGAAGUUUCUCUCUGGGAGCCUGGAGGCGGUGGGGUAAAGGGAUGCUAGGGGACAGAAUGCAGAGACCCCACCUUGGUGAGGCAGUCUCCUGCCCAGCCAGCCCUGGGCUAGUUUUGCUUUCUAUGUGCCCCUCACUUGACUUGAUGUGGACACUGCCAACCCUACUGACUUAGAUGUGCCAGGCAGGCAGGCAGGGAGGCUGCAGCCGUGUCCAGGAGGGCGAUGUCCAGAGUGCCUUCUGCACAUGCCUGAAGCUGUCUCGCCUGUUUAGGAGAGAGAAUCACCAGAGAUAACUUUGGGUAAAGGCUGCAGAUUAGCCUCACCCAGGAGGGUAGGGCUGGGGUCUGAGACAACCUCAGCAGAGCCCCCACCAUCAGACACCACCACCAGGGAGGGGACUUGACUCCAAGCCAGGGUUGGGCUGACCUCCCACCCCUUUCCUGGAAGACACUCUUGCUUCAUUGGUGGUUGCUUUGAAACACACCUAGCAUGAGUCCAGCGCUACCUGUCCUACCCUGGGGGUGCUUUGACAUCAGAGGGGAGGGGGCAGUGGUUGCCUGCCAGCCCAGGAUUUUUGGUCUGAUUCACUUACCCCACCAGUCCUGAUCCCAGAAGACAUUUCAGAAAGGUCCUCUAGAUCCUGGUACAGCUGGUGCUCUAGAUCCACCCCUCCCCUGUAGCCCUGGGGCUGGGCAGUAGCCACAGCUUUCUUUUCACAGAGAAGAUCAAAACAGGGCUUCAGAGGGAUCCUGUGGCUGGUCUCUGAGGGCAGUGUGUGCUAUCUCGCCCUUUUAGGAAGGAAUCUUGGCGGAGACCUUGCUUGUGUUCCCUCCUCAGACACCUGUUGAUAUAAUUUACACCUUGCAAUUGUCUCACCUUUUGCCUGGAUGACUGCCUGAAAACCGGCCUUUAUUUUUAUAGAAAAGAUCAAGGCUGUCUCUUCUGUGGCUCAGGAGUCUGUCUGGCCAGGAUGGUCUGCCCAGAAAUGAAAUGCCCUCCCUGGCGCCACCUAGUGUCAGAUGUAGCCUGCGACAGGGAAGAAUGCUCACAAAAUGUGAAUUUGUGCUUGCACAAAUACUUGGGUUCUAGCUAGUGGUAUGGAAACCCUGAUGGUGUAGCAGGUACCGCUGCUAACCAAAAGGUUGGCAGUUAGAAUUUACCAGGCGCUUCUUGGAAAUUCUAUGGGGGCAAUUCUGCUCUGUCCUAUAGGGUUGCUGUGAGUCGGAACCGAUUCGACAGCAGUGGGCUAGCAAGUGGUAAUACCGACAGAUAUAGCACUUUACCUGCUUCCCUGGAGAUCACAGCCAAGCUGACAUGAAUGAAAUAGUAUGUGGCAGUGAGUGCUAAGGGCUAGGAUGGAACACCGGAGCACCCUGUAGAUUCAGUUUGGGAGCCACUGGCUGUAAGUUCAGUUUGGCCAGGCAGAGAAAGCCGGUCAGUGGUCAGUCAGGAGUGAGGGAAAAGACGUUAUUCUGAGUGAUGGGGUAAUGCUCAGCUUAGGACAGUGGCUGAACGGGAUCAUGAGAUAAAACUGGAAAGGGAGAUGGGGCCAAGUUACAGAGCAAUCUUGAAUGGCUUGCACUUCAGCUUGAGGCACUCGGGACCCUUUGAACAUUUUAAAGCAGGGCAGUGGCAGGUUGAAAAGAUGGGUUGGACUAGUCAUAUGUCAGAUGACUGCAUGUAACAAACCACAUGAAUGAUGGCACUGUGAUAACAGGAAGUGGAGGAGAGCAAAUGGGGGUGGGGACACUUGUUCAGUGAGUGUGCCAGUGAGCUUUUGAAUGCCUUUCGAAGCCUGAAUGGGUUCUGAAUGGAUUCGGAAUCUGGGGGGCCACAUCUCCUCUCAGGGCCAGUCCACCCCCUCUCUGACCCUAGACAUGCGCAAGGAAGGAAGACUGUCCAUCUCAGCAGGCACUUAACUGGCCUGAGCUUGGGAGUGAACUUCUUUGUAGGAUGGAGUUAUUAGCCAAACCAGUUUGUCAACAGAGAAGGUUUGGGGCAGUCUUUGCCCUGAACCGCAGCCCAAGCCAGCGGUGAACACCCACCCCCUCUGACCCCAGACAUAUGUGUAUGGGGCAAGAGACUGACCAUUUGUGCUAUGGCAAUGUGUCUGAUCCAGUGUUCACUUCUUUCUGCAGCUGGAGGAAUAACUCAGAGAUGAUGAUAGAUUAGAGUUAGAUGUGACCAGAGAAAGCAUCAAAUCCAAGCUCCUUCAGUUGGUUAAGCACUGGGCUACUAGCUGAAAGGUUGAUGGUUCAAACCCACCCAGAGGUACUUUGGAAAAAAGGCCUGGCAAUCUGCUUCUGAAAAAUCAGCCAUUAAAAACACUAAAGUGUUCUUUAAUGCCUCACAUGAGGUCGCCAUGAGUUGGAAUUGACUUGACAACAACUGGUUUGGUUUGUUUUCAGUUAGGGAUGGGAAAGAGACUUUCCCAAAGUUACACAGCUAGAUAAUAACAGUGACUAACAUUUUAGAGCACUUUUGAAGUGCCGGGGCAUUUUAAGUGUUUUAAAUCUUUUAAUUCUUACAACUCUGGGGUAGGUAUUGUUAUCAUUCUUGCUUCAUAGGUAAAGAAACCGAGGGACAGGGAGGUUAAGCAACCUGCCCGAGGACACCGAAGCUAGUGAGGAGCUGGGAAUGGAACCAAGGAGGCUGCCUCCCCAGUUUCUGGCUUGCCAAAUGGGGUUCGUGCCCCUCUGUCCCCAGAGGCAACCUUCUAGGCACAGCUCUGGAGGUCACAUGGCCCCUCCCAGCCCUCUCCUGCCUGGCAGGAGCCACCUACAGGUUCUUUGGCUUUGCCCUUCCUCCCACAGGGCUUGCUCUGUGCAGAGCUUGCAGGAAAUGCACUUCCUGAAGCUGGGACUUCCCCACUGAGGCUGUAAAGCCGCUGCGCAUCUCCGGCCUCAGUCUGAGGCAUGACUCGGCCAGGCCACUGUGUCUCAGGAACCCGUGGAGGCUGAGUGGCUGUUCAUCCCGCCCCAUCGGCAGUGAGGGUGUGGCUGUGCUGCCCCUCCCAUUCCUUCAAGCAUCACUCAAAGAGAAAUGAUUCCUGUCUCUGGGUGGCAAGAAUGGUUAGGUGCUCAGCUACUAACCGACAAGUUGGUGGUUUGAAUCCACCCACAAGUGCCUCAGAAGAAAGGUCUGGCAAUCUACUUCCAAAAAACCAGACACUGAAAAUCCUAUGGACCCGUGACAUGCACGGGAUCACCAUCAGUUGGAAUCGACACAACGGCAACUGGUUUUUAAUAGGCCGGCGAAGGAGAGACUGAGGAGAUUAUGCAGGGGCCACAGAGGCUUCUGGGUGGUAAAGGGCUGCCUGGUUCAGGGCCGCAGAAGGCAAAUGGGAAGAGGCACCAAGGCCCCCAUGUUGGAUCCUCACAUAGACUUGUAGCCGCUCUGAGAGCUCUGGGCUCAGCUCUGCUCAUCUGCACAGGGCAUGGGGGCCGCGGCCUAGAGGGUGUGUGUGUUGGUGUGUGUGUGUGAGUGCGGGGGGGUUCUUUUGAGCCACACACAAAGGCUUGUGCUGAGACACUGCAUUCCUGCUGGUUGGGCUUCCUGUUUCCAGAUGCAUUCCUGCCCCAGAGUCACCACGGAGACUGCUUGGAAUCUGGCCCCACAUUCUCCAAAUUCUGGGCGGAUCUGGCAAAGGCCCCCUCUCUUUACCUCCCACCCUCUGACUUUGGAGGGGAGGAAGCCACCUGACCAGCCUCCUGCCCUUCUACCUAGCGAGGGCUGGGGUGAGGUCUGGCACGGUUUUGGGGAUUGGUGCCACAUAUCCUGUUGGAUUGGCGUAGAGUAGCUCCUGCCAGGCCCAGCAUUCUGUUUCCCUCUCUGUAUCUAGAAUAGAGGGACCAGAGGGGUGCCGUCCGGGAGGACAGGGAGGGGAGGGGGACAGCCCACCAACCCAGGGUUAACAGGGAAGGGCCUGGGCCUAAAGCUCAAGGUCUUAAGAGAUGGUCCAUAAUUCAGGCUUGGCUGUGGGCCUCAGUCUCCUCAUCUUAUAAAGUUAGAAUCUGAUAAUUUGAGGCUCCUUGAUGAAGGCAUCCCUGGGUGGAACAAACAGUUAAGGCACUCGGCUGCUGAAAAGGCGCCUGGGAAGAAAGAUUUGGCGAUCUACUUCCAACCCUACGGAGCACAGUUCUACUCUGGCACACAUGGGGUCGCCAUGAAUGGCAAUCACAGCAGUGCCGCUGGUUGGUUAGGAAAGAGCAAGGAGCAGGAAUGGGUGGGCCGGCUGGCUUAUCCCUCCCUGUUAACAGCUACUUCCACCCAGAGGCUCCAGGCUCAGGUGCAAUUUAGCACGUCCACCAGCUCCCUUACCUGCCCCCAGGGGAUUUGGGACCUGCUGGGGUAUUUUUCGGCCCUUCUCCCACCCUCAGGAGGAAGAGGCUUAGAGGCCACUAGCCCCUGUCUAGUCUCUAGGCUGUCCCACCUUCAGCAGCUGUGUGGGCUCCCAGCCCCCCUUAGGAAGGGGAUAGAGUUCCACGGACCAGAAGAGGGUGGGGUAGGGCCAGGGGAGCGCUAACAGGUUGGCCCCGCCUCCAGAAUGCUCCCGGGUCCGGCGGCUCAAGUCUUUCUCAGAUCCUGAGGACCCCGCCGUUAGGGUACUGGAGUGAGUAGGAGGUAUGAGACGGGCCAGGGGUUCAGAUCUAGCCCUGGACACUCGUUCCGCGCCAGACUACAACCUCGCGCUCUGCAGUUGUUGUAAAAAAUUUUCCCUCCCCUGUUUCACCUGACCCAGUUACCCGAGAAACAGACUGGGUGGGGUCGACAGGAAUCAUUUCCCCUUUUUUUCGCACGUGGUGUCUGAGAGGUUGAGUGACUUGCCCCAAGCCACACAGCUGCAGGCGCUGGGAGGCCGCGUCCUGGGCAGCGCUCUUCCCACUGCCAGCACGUGGGCCUCGGUUUCCUUCCGGGCUCCGGUCCAGUGCUCCCCCUCCCCCGCCCGGGGCUCCAUUUCGGCGGCAGGAAGACGGAGCCCGCGUGUGAACUGGGGGGCGGGGUGACUUCGCGCCCGGAGCCCAACAGCGUCCCCAGGCGGGGACCCGCUCUGUGGUCGGACGCCGGAGCGCCGGGUUGCCCGAGUUGGGGAGACAGCAGAUCCGGGCUCUUACUUUGGCCACAGCCAGGAAGAGGGUGACAGGGGUGUUCCCCAGCCCGCGCCUCCGAGGUCCUCGCUCCUCGUUGCCUCCCCUUCCCAGCCCUCUGCGCCCGCGCCCCUGGGCCCUCCAAAUCCCCGCGCCCCGCUGCGCGCCCCCCGCCCCGCCCGCACACCAGCCCCUCUCCUCUCCGCCCCUGCCCCGCCCUGCCCCCUCCCCCGUCUGGGAGUGUCCGGGGGCCGCGCCCAUCAGGGUCCGGACUAGUGAGCUAAACAGACCGACCGACCCGCGGGGUACGCGGGCCGCAAUCGCUCUGUCCGGCUGCAGCCCGGGCGCGGCGUCGGGGCCGGCAUGCUGGGCCGGCGGCGAGUCUUCGCGGUGGAGCCGCGCGGCGGCCGCGAUGGGGCUACGGAGGAUCUGGCACGUGGGUGUGUAGUGCCUGGAGUCACAAGCACCUACAGACGGAUCCAGGACGCUGCUGAUUGGUGCUCAUCAGACUCCUGGAAUGGAGAUGGCCAGCUGAGAGGUGCUGGGAGGCAGGUGCCUCUUCUGAAACUGGCCUCCCGGGACUCAGGAGUGGAGAUGGCGAUUGGGGACAGCUCCUUGGCCACCUUGCCAGGCAUUUCUCAGGACUCUCUGGACUUUGAGCCUUCUGGGCGCUCUGAGCCCCCACCCCAGCUAGGCAGGCUCCUGGCUAGCCGCAAGCUGGAGCAGGUGCUGGAGCGGUCCCACCGACUCCCGACUUCACCUGCCAGCUUGUCACGACAGCACCGCCCCCUCCAGCUGCCAAGCAAGCCUGAGUGUGAAAUGUUCCCUUUUGCAGCAGGGGAACAAGAGGCCACUGAGGCAGAAACUGGCCUAGAGGCAGGCCUGGAAGAAGCAAAGGUGGGGGGCUUGGAGCCUGAAGUCUGGACCAGUCUCCCAGGGCAGGGUCUUCGUUACCUAGAACACUUGUGCCUAGUGCUGGAGCAGAUGGCGAGGCUCCAACAGCUCUAUCUACAGCUGCAGACCCAGAGGCCCCUCAGGGGGCAAAAGCAGCUUCAUUCCCAAAAGUGGGGGUGCCCAGUGGCAACUCUUCCAACCUGCCAGAGGCCCCAGCAGAGCCAACUCACACCGGUCCAUCCUCCCAGGGACACAAGCUGGAUCUCUCCCACUGGGACAAGGUCAAGGUCGUGCUCAACCGGAUCCCCUGGAGAAGCUUUCAACACCCUAAGCGCUCUGCCCCUCCCAAUGGCCCAGCCCCCAGGAUUGAGUCAAGGGACCUCUCUGAAAGGCCUCAGUGUUGCCCCCACCGGAAGACCUUUAUGCCAUUCUUAGUGGUUAAGAAACAACGAGCUAAAAACCUUUCUGCCUGCUGAGACCUCCUGGUGCCAGGGACAUGACCUUGGGUAGAGGGGUGUGCAGUGACAUCUCCUUCCUCACCCUUUGCCCUGUUGCUGCUUCUUGUCACUGCCAGGAAAAGCUGCUGAUGCUUGCCCUUCUCUCUGAGGUGAGGGCCGGGUCUUUCUCCUCUGAGCAGCCUGGCAUUGGGGCCCCGUUCCCGGAGAGGCCUCCCAGCGUGGCAGCUCCAAGGCUCCUCUCUGUUUGCCAGAAAUCCCUGGGCUUAAACAAUGUGAACUAACUUAUUUAUCAAGCGUCCGCAGAGCACAUUUGGCACGAUGAUCUGUCCAGGCCCAGCGUGUUGCAGAUAGGUAUUUAUGCAUAAUUGUCUAUCUAGAGCUGUGAGGCUUUCAGUGUUGUAAAGUGGCUGGAGCCCGCCGUCUCUCCUGGAAUCAUGCACGCUGAAGAGUUGGUCUUCUCGGUGAGGCCAUCUGUGGAAGGAUGGCACUGACCUUCGUUCAUCAGUGGGCAGUGACUGAUCCGGAUUCCUGCUUUCUUCAGAUAUGUAUGGGCAGCCCCCAGACGAAGAUGGUGCUGCUGUGGCUGCCUCUGCAUUGAGUCUUGCUCCUGGAGCAGAGCCCCUGAAGGCUGCGCCAGGGAUGGGCAGGGUCAGUGACAACAGGGAGAACAGGAGAACACGUUCAAGGGCAAUUCUCAGCUGCUGUGCUCCGUACUUGCUUUUGCAUACAUGUCAAAGCUGAAACCAGAAGCCCAUACUAGUUUUCAGACCUUGAGAAAGUCCCAUAACUUUAUGAGCCACAGCUUCCCACUCAAUCUCCCAAAUGGGAUAAUGAUGCUUGCCCUACCUACCUCACAGGCUUCUGAUGAUGCUAAAAAGAGAUUAAAAUGUCUUGAAGUGCUUUAUGAAUUGUUACAUGAAUAGGAAAGGGGAGGAGGGUAUUGGUGUUGGAGGGAGGGUAGGCUGGAGGAGGGCUGAUGGGGAGGUGAGAGGAUAAGGUAGAACUGGGGUUUGCUAAUGGAGACUAAAGUGGCCAAUGAUUACUGGCAAGGCUUUGAGCAAGUCGUUUCAUUAAGGUCUUUUAGGUUUUAUAUCUGAGAACUAAGGCACUAAUUCCUGACCUGAUGGGGUGAAAUGUGUUCCUUUAUGUGGCUUUCUGCCUUGAUUCUUUGGAAAAACAGCUUGAGAGGUUUUUCUCUUAAACCCUGAGGAGUUAGCUGUGUCCCGGUUUUCUACCCCAGAGAGUUUGUUACUUUUGUCCAGGUUGAUUAACAUUUCCUGGGUAAGAUAUAAACAACUUGAUGGUUUGAUACUCUUUGUCUGGCCCUGGGCUGUAGCCUGCCCUGUGAUUGAUCAGUGUGCCAUGCAAAUGAAGUGGCUAUAAAAAACCCAGAAACCAAGGGAGUUGCCAUCCAGUCCAUGUCCUCUCAGAGUAAUCCUGCAGAACAGGUUAGGACCACCUCAUAGGUUUUCCAAGGCUGUAAAUCUUCAGGGAAGCAGACUGCCACCACAUCUUUCUUUCACGGAGCUGCUGGCGGUUUUGAAUCACGCAACUUUUGGUUCGCAGUUGAGUGCUUUAACCACUGCACCACCAGGGCUCCUUGAAAUUGAUAAGUUUUUGUUUAUAUAUGCAGCCAGCCCCACAGAGGUUUCAGGAAGAAGGAGAAAGGAGAAGCAGAGAGAGGAGGUGAGGACCUUAAAAGAGCUGUAACACAGGUCAAGGCCUGUAAUAUUGAAGACAGAGGCCUGGUCAGAGCCAUUGGUGACAGGCCCAUAAGGGGCCCUGUGGCAGAUUUGGUGACGAUGGCAGAAUCCUGUUGCUAGGAAUGCAGCUAGACUGGCUAUGAGCUGCGUCAGUAGCUGUGAACUGCGUCAUUUAGCAGUAAAGAGGCUGAAGGCAGAAAGGCCUGUCUUGGGGGGGUGAAAGGAGGCCUGUAUGGCUGAAAGAGGGUAUGCCGGGCCAAGAGGUCUUUCCUGAGGGGGGUGUGAGGAGGCCUGUUCUGAGGGGUCUUAGAAGGGGAUGUGCACAGCUGAGAAAAUCUGCUUGCUUACAUGGCUGAGAGGAGCAGAGAGAGCUGUCCUGCACCAAAGAAGGGAAGGAUGUGCUCUCCACUUCCAGGGGACCUCCCAGGCUUUGCCUACAUGCUUCCCGACCUGAUCCUGAGUUGUACCCUGUUAGUUCCUUAAUAAACCACUUAACUGUAAGUAUGGUCUGUGAGUUCUGUGUGGCCAUUGCAAUGAAUUAUUGAACCCAGCAGAAAAGUAGAGAGUACCACGGGGUGGAUGGCUGGUGUCAGAAUUGGUAAAAACGUUGGAGAGUGGAGGUAUGUUUGACCUCCAGCUCACAAGAAUCAGCCUUGGGCUGAUAGUGAUUCUCUCUUUUCGCCCUGAAGUUAGAGGAUUUCAGGCACUACUAGAACUUCAGGCACUUCAAAGGGUUGUUUCAAGGAGAAAAGGAAAUGUCUACAGGAGCUCUGUAAACGUCUGUCCAAAUACCAUUGUUGUUAGCCGCUGUCAAGUCAGUCCCUGACUCAUGGCAAUCCCAUGCAUAACAGAAAAAAAACUGCUGCCCCACUCUGUGCCAUCCCCUUGAUGAGCUGGGGAUCAGACCAUCGUGAUCUAUAGAAUUUUCACUGGCUGAUUUUUAGAAGUAGACAACCAGGCCUUUCUUCCGAGUCCAUCUUAGUCUGGAAGCUCUGCUGUAACUGCUCAGUAUCAUAGCGUCAUAGCAACAUACAGACGGGUGAUGGCCAGGCAUGAGGUGUAUCAGCCUGGGAUUGAACCCAGGUCUCCCGCAUGGAAGGUGAGACUUCUAUUGAACUAUCACUGCCUUACCUAAGUAUUACAGUGGUUUAUCUUACUAUGGCCUAGUCAGGCCUGUUAUGGAUUGUGUCCCCCAAAAUUAGGCGUUGGAAAUCUUAACUUCUGCCAGUGGUUAUAAUCCUGUUUGGGCAUGGGUUGUCUUUAUUAUGUUAACGAGGUUGAAUUAAUGUAGGGUGUAUUUUGGGUCAAUCUCUUUUGAGAUAUAAAAGAUUAAACAAGCUAGCAAGCAGCAAUGGGAGAAGAGAGAUGCCAAGCCACAUGAAAAUCUCCUAGGAGCAAGAAGCUCACCCCACGAGGUUCUAACCCCACAGCCACAGAGAGCGCCUUCUCUUAGAACCAGCAGCCUGAAUUCAGACUCUGGCCUCCUAAACUGUGAGAAAAUAAACUUGUUAAAGCCAUCCACUUGUAUUUCUGUUAUGGCAGCUCUAGAUAACUAGAGAAAGUUGAAAAGCUUAAUCUCUUGCAGGCACUCAGAAGAUGAGACGUGUGGGGGUGUGGCCCCUGGAAGGGCAGGUUUAGGGAUGGGUCAUUUGUUUUUGAGUCACAGACACAGGAAUAUCUCGUGUCUGCCGCUGAUCAAGCAUCCUUCUUCAGUCAGGAGGGACUGGUUCUCUUGCUGCUGCACUCUUGUGGUCUUCCACAACGAGGUGGGGAUGGUGGUGGUAUAUGCUCCCUUACGUUUGAGGUUCAGCUGCCUUUGCACCAGGAACCAAGUCUCUGAAGCCUCUUUUCUAAUGGGACUCUUGAGCGUGGACACCACCGAGGCGCGG